UGGCAGUGGGGCAGAACGUUUCCUAUGCUGAGGCAGUGAAGGGAGUAGAUGAUAGCCCUAGAGUGAGCGAUUUGACUGGGAAGCUAGAAGAGAGAACCAGAGAGAGAAUGGGUUUUAGUAAAUUAGGAUUUAUUGUGUUUAUAGACUUGGUAGUUGCAGAUUUUAGUGUAGAACCUCUGAAGGAAGUUGAGGGAAGGGGCUGAUGUCAGAUCGUUUAGGGCCAAUGUAGUUGGAUGGUGUGGUGGGAAUAGUGUGUAGUUGCAGGGUUAGAUGGUGGUGCAAUUUAAGAUUUCCCCCUUCAUCUUUUUUGGGGGAGUGCAAUCCGGCUCCGCGUCGGGUUCUGCCGGAAAUUCACACAAAACAAUAAGGUUUUCCAGAGCUAGUGCUAACGUGAGUACUGCUACUGUAGCGAUUGAGGAGAACAGUUGAACCAGGGCCAGAACCAGCAGGGACUCAAGUCCGGGGUCGUCGAUAGCUGAGCCGCAAUGGUGGAGAAGUCCGACCGGGCACCGCUACUGGACUGGGAGGAGGUUCCUCCGGCGGAGAAGCCUGUUCCCACACCAGUACAGGAGAAGGACGUCAAGGGGCCGAGCCCCGCCAAUAGUCGGGCGUCGGGAUGCACUGCGCCGGGGAUAGGGUGGAGCACCAGUCCGGGGGGUCCUGAGUUUUUAACAUCAGCAGUCUCUAGCAUAGACACAUCUCUCUCAUCCAGGAGCACGAUCCCCACCCCUGCGGAAUGGGAUGCUCAGUGUCCCGACAAGGAUGACCAUACCCCGGCCUCAGGACAAGGAGAGGUGCCGCACGACAUCAUGGUGAAAUGGGAAGAAAAGGAUCCGAUCGUGGCCGUGUUUGUGGUUACAUUUGAUACAAGAUCAGGUAACAUGUUAGAGUGGUGUCUGCCAGGGGACAUGAACCUGGAGGGAGUAGAGUUCAAGGCUAUGGCCAGCGGCUCCCACAGAGUCUCCAGCGACUUCAUAUACUUCCGUAAGGGCGGGUACUUUGGCCUGGCGUGCUUUGCCAACAUGGCGGUGGAUAGUGUGGUGGAGAGGGGGGCAAGAAUGAAGUCUGUGGGUAUCCUGUCAACAUCUUACACCCUGCUGUACCGAUACAUGAGCUUCCUGGAACACCAAGUCAGGCUCCAGUUGAAAACCCCUGGCCAGUACUCUCCUCUGGAGGCGUUCUUUGAGGAUAAGAGAUCAGUGCUGCCCCCCGAUGGGGAGAGUGUGGUUACUGCAUGUCCUGGCAGUGCCUGGGGAGCAGCACUCAACCACUGUAUGCACCCUGAGAUGAAGAUCACCCACCCAGCUGGCUGCAUGUCUCAGUUCAUCCAGUUCUUUGGGGAGCAGAUCAUGGUCCUGUGGAAGUUAGCUCUGCUGAGGAGACGUAUCCUCAUCUUCUCUCCUCCACCUGUAGGGGUGGUCUGUUAUAGAGUGUACUGCUGCUGUUGCCUGGCCAAUGUGUCCAUCCCGGGGGUGGGCGUGGCCGUACCAGAGUUCCGCCCCUUCUUCUAUGUCAACGUGGCAGACAUUGAUACCCUGGAUACGGAACUGUCCUACGUAGCGUGCACCACAGAGAAGAUCUUUGAGGAGAAGCGGGACCUGUACGACGUCUAUGUGGAUAACCAGAAUGUGAGGACGACUAGAGAGAGUCUGAAGCCUUUACUGCGGCUCAGCGCUGCAGACCGAGAGAAGUACCGCAAACUCACUGAACAGAGGCAGAUGCUGUUAUAUUCUCAGGAGGAGAAUGGAGACUGUGUGUCCAGUGAAGAGGACCACUUCAUUCUGUCAGUAUAUUACACCAGGAUCCAGUCUACAACUGGCGUUUAUAAUAAAGAAGCCUUCAAAAUUAUUAUUAUUAUUACAUUUUUUUUUACACUUAAGCAGUUUAUUUCUAUAUACAAACAAAAUAAAAUGUCCAUGAAAACAUUGUUUAAAAAAAUAAGUACUUGUCAUUUUUUCUCUACCGUUGUAGGUUUUUCCUGGAGCAGAAUAACCGUAUCUUCCAGACGCUCAGUGAGGUGGCAGGGAGACCUGAGCCCAUCCUAACCCAGGAGAGUGUGAGGGCCAUGGGGCUAGACCCUCACGGAGACAGGCUCUUCCUGCUCCACCUGCUGGAGACAUACGGCUAUGACAGCCUCCUGGUCACCGAGCACCCUUGCUGCAGCUGAGGCCCGGGUGGCACACUGACUGACCUACAGGAUCCUGCACACUCAAGACACACAGACUCAAUGCAGACAGUCUGGACUAUGAGAGGUCAGAAUAUGUUGGCAAGGCUGAGACAAAGGCCUGUAUUCAUAAAGCGUCUCAGUAGUGCUGAUCUCAGAUCCGUUUAGCCUUUUAGAGCUCAUUGAAUAAGACUUACAUGGACAGGGGGGGGACCUGAUCCUAGAUUAGCAUUCCUACUCAGAUGCUUUAUGAAUAAGGGAGACCCUCAGGCCAAAAAAAGCAAAUGAAUGGAGAGAGUCACGGAACAAGAAAAGUUCUUGGUUCUUGGUACUGUCCUAUGACAUUCAUGGGUGCUCAAUCUGGACUGUUAACCAUCGCCUUCCUGCCUGUCAAUAAAAUGUUCAGUACAGAGGAAUGUCAUUCACGUCUAUCCCCAACCCUCUUUUUUUCUGGAGGAGUGGAGCCAACCAGAAACAUCCUGGAACUCUGGAGAUUCGGUGCCUGUGAGCAGAACUUACCAAGAAAGUCAUGCUUACGGUUUCCUUAUGUUUUCAAAUGGGGAGUCAAAUCUAAACUCUGUGGUAAUGUCCUCAAACUGAGGGAGGAUUUGUCACUUCUCUUAAUAGGACAUCUAUUUAUUUAUGUUUUUGAGAGAAGAAAUCACAAAAUGUUGUCUUUAAAUAGAAAGGGAUCUGUAGAAUGUGUUUUAUUAUAAAAUGAUCCCAUUAAGUCACUGCUAAGCCCAAAACCACUGUGGUCAGCAUUGUAUAGAAAUGGCCACCAACACCAUCCAUAAUCAUGAUACUACAGACCUGAUACUAAGGGCCCGAUUCAAUCCGUAGCGCUGAAGGUCCACGCUACAGUGUGAUAUACAUUUAAAGGCCAUGUUUUACACGUUCACGGAGACUGCAUUCCCGGUAAACACCGGGAAUAUGUCAACUCAUUCGGAAAUGACCUUCACAUUUCAGUCAUGCAGCUUCCGUGAUAUGGACUGAAUCGAGCCCUUAAGUACACAAUACUAGUUCACAUGUGGAUUUGGUUUCCGGUGAAAGAGGGGUCAGGACUCACCAGCACACUUUCUUAUGAUGUCCAACAUAGAAAUGUAACAACUUUAUAUGACUUUAAAAAUGUACUUGUGGUGUUUCCUCAAUUCUCUGUCAAAUAUACAAAGAGUGAAAAAUGUGAAUGAGCUCGUGGCUCAAUGGUUAUAUCCUAUCCUUCAGACCAAGAGGUCGUAGGUUCAAACUUCAUUUCUUAUACUGUUGUGUACGUUUCAGCGACUCUCGAUGUCAAACAUACAAAGAGUGUGGCAUAAAAUGUGAUGGAGAUGGUGGUGCAGUGGUUCAAUUACUGCCUUGUAGACCAAGAGGUUCCAGCUUCGAACCUCAUCUAUUCAGCCAUUGUGUACGUUUCCGCAACUCUCGCUGUCAAACAUACAACGGGAAGGGUAAACAAUGAUGAUGGUGGUGGUUCAAUCUCUACCUCAAAGCUUUGAGGUUGUGGGUUCAAAACAAUGUCAAACAUACGAAGGGAAUGGUCAAAAGAAAUACUGUGUUCAUUUCUGUUGGGGUUUAAAACUGUUUUUUGGUUUGCGCCUCUGAAAUUCUGACUGUCAGAAAUACAAAGAAAAGCAGAUGUACAGUAAUGGACCAGUGGAGGCUGCUGAGGGGAGGACGGCUCAUAAUAACGACUGGAACGGAGAUAAUGGAAUGGUAUCAAACACAUGGAAACAAAUGUAUUUGAUACCAUUCCAUUGAUUCUGCUCCAGACAUUACCACGAGCGUGUCCUCCCCAGUUAAGGUUCCACCAACCUCCUGUGAUGGAGACACUUUACGCCAAUGAUGGUAAACUGUGAAUGACAAGUAGCCUAGUGGUUAUGAGCGUUGGGACAGUAACCGAAUGGUUGCUGUUUUGAAGCCCAGAGCUGAAUAGGUGAAAAAUCUGUUGAUGUGCCCGUGAGCAAGGCAUUUAACCCUAAAUUACAAAGAAUGUUGAAAGAAAUGUAAACAAAAUGUAAA